AUGAUUAGCUUUAAAAAAGGCUAUAAGAAUAAUUGCCCUCGUCAGGGCGAAUCACAACGUCUCCAGAUCCUUCAGUGGAAUACUGGAGGAAUGUCUCCGUACAAAAAGAUCCAAGUACAGAAAAUCCUACAAACCUAUGAUGUAGACAUUUUCACAAUUAUGGAAGCUAACAUUUUGGACGACAAACUGAAGUGCUACCAAUUCCUAGGUUACACCCUAUACAAUCUACCUAAAUACCGGCAAGUUGCAAGUGGAAUUCUAACUGGAGUAAAUGAAGGCCUCACCUCACACUACGACCUAAUCAAGAGUAUGGGCUUGACACAAGACAAAUGUGAAAUAAUCAGAUUAAAUGUUUGGAAAUGUCAAAACCAAUUCAAGAUAUAUGCAGUCUAUAAUCCACCUCAGAAUUGUCUAAACUUUGAAUUUCUGAUCAUCUCAACCAAAACUAUGGUAUUAGGAGACUUCAACGCCCAUUCCACCAGAUGGGGCUACAAGGUGUCCAAACAUUGA